AGCAUGGUAAUUGCGCUAGAUGCAGGAAGUUAAAGCAGUUUAAACUUCAUCAGUUUGGACCUUGGUAGAAGCAAAUGACAGCAAUACUUUGGAGCAGUUAGCAUGACAUGACAACUAGAAAACCUGCACUGUUAACCGAUUCCUCCACAGAUCAGAGUUUAGGAUCGGUCGGUUCACAGCUCAGCAAAGCUUCCCUGCUCUCGAUACCAAAACCGAGGAAACACAGAUCCAGAUCUGCGGACCGAACUAAACAAUUCAUCUCUCUUCAUGCCAGGUAUGUGGAAGACGUCAACGACAAGCCAAAGAUCGUAACUGAAGUGAGAUCACCCAGGGCUAAAAAGAAACCUAGAAGGAUAAAGCGAACAAAUGCGUUCUACUUGAACCGAGCUACAGUGACAGAUGAAGAACUGGAUCACAGACGAUCCUGUACUUCUGCAGCGUCUGACGACUCCAGUAGACUGUCCAUAUCUAAUGCCAGUGUGGGAGAGUCAGCAAGUGCACGGUCUCUGUGGUGUUCACAAUCUACAGACACGGACCAGGGGUCAUGUGAGUCUCUGAAUGUGCGAACAAAGAGACGGAUGAAACUGAAUUCUGCUCUUAUCAUGGGACAGAGAGAUAUUCUCAUCAAUCUAAAAAAGAAGAUGAAGAAGAAAACUCCCAAAUAUCAGGGUUCAAUAGAUAUGAAUCAGAAGAAAUGUUUGACAAUAUUGGGUAGAGACGAGCUGACGGACCCUAAAAGCGCACGACUUAUCAAAUCAAAAGCAGCUCAUCACUCCUUCGAAUCAAACCAAACUAACUUUCUCUACUGCGGGGAAUGUGGUGACAUGAUUAUGAAAGGGUCCUUGGUGAUUUGUUCAAACGAGUCCCCUCCUAAGAUGGUUUGGCACCCGGGCUGCUUCAAGUGUUACACAUGUGGCAGACAUCUCGUGAACUUGAUCUAUCAUCCUUUUGAGGGACGUAGAUAUUGUUCAAAGCACAAACCCUACCUCCCUAAAAUAUGCAGCUACUGUAUGGAGGAGAUCAAUUUCGAGACGUUUACACGAGCAAAUGGUCGAUAUUACCACCCGGAACACUUCCAAUGUUGGCAGUGUGCGGUGGUGUUGUCAGGAGAAAAGUAUUACGGUUGUGGUGUCUACCCAAUGUGUCUCAGAUGUUAUGAUGUACAUCUGGCUAAACCAUGUCGCUCCUGCAAGGGAGCUAUUCAGAUCGACACUCCAUUUUACUCUCUGGGGAGGAAGCGCUGGCACGCGGCAGCCUCCUGCUUUAAAUGUUGCGGCUGCCAGGCCAGCUUAGUGGGCGCUAAGCUCAUCACAACAAAAGGAGAACUCUUCUGUAACCGACAAUGUUUCUCUGACAUGGUCAACCGACGCGCCAGUUUCGGCUCAGCAUCUGCAUUAUAUUAAUGCUCUGUUUAUGUUUUUGGUACAAGACAUGUAGAUCUAGAUGAUGGUUGGGAGGUUAAUCAUAUUUGUUUGAACAUAUGACGGUGAUUCUGGGUUUCGAUUGGUCAAUCCUGGAAACUAAUUGGUCAAACCAAGUCUUUAUUUAGAAACAACAAGAAUCCCCACCAUUGUCAAGAUCUAUUUGAUUGUAUAAAUUGUUUAUAUUUAAUAAUGUGGUUGUUUGAAUGUAGCUACAGACUUGUUUAGCUCGCUGAAUGUUUUUACUCAGAGACUUUGGGGCCAAAAAUUAACAUUUUGGUAUCUUAAAUAUGUAAUUGUUAUUGAUACAAAUUUUCUUGACAUGCUAU